AUGUUGGGUGAAGAGCUGUACAAACGCCUAAAAGGUAAUAAAUAUCUCAUUGUUAUUGAUGAUAUAUGGAAUAUUUUAGCUUGGGAUAAUUUGAAAAUAUAUUUCCCAAAUGAUAACAAUGGAAGUAGAAUUAUGUUCACCAGUCGGAUUGUAGAUGUUGCUGUGUCUUUGAAUGCCAAACCUCACAAUUUACGGUUUUUGACCGAAGAUGAAAGUUGGGAACUACUGGAACAGAAGGCAUUUCAGAAAGAAAGCUGCCCUGCAGAGUUAUUGGAAGUGGGGAAGAUAAUUGCCACAAAAUGCCAAGGACUACCACUUGCAAUUGUUGUAAUAUCUAGACUUCUUGCAAAGAAAGAGAAGACACAAUACUGGUGGAGGCAAGUUGCUGAAUGUGUAAGUUCAUAUAUUGUAAGUGACCCAAAGGAGUACAUGAACACGCUGGCAUUGAGUUACAACCACUUGCCUCAUCACUUGAAACCAUGCUUCCUUGAUUUUGGCGCAUUUCCAGAAGACUAUGAAAUACCUGUGUGGCAUUUGAUGUGGUUAUGGGUCGCCGAGGGAUUCAUACAGCAACAUGAUGAGAAAAGUUUGGAGGAAGUGGCAAAGGAUUACUUGAUGGAUCUAAUUGACAGAAGUCUAGUAAUUGCUUCCAAGAGAAAGUCCAAUGUUCUCCGGUAUGAACAGACUUCUUCUUCAUCUUCUUCAAAUCCCUUUGCGUAUAAGCAACGUCGCAUGUGCAUCUAUGAUAACAUUGUUGAUUAUACUUCUUUAAAGGGUUUUGAGCUUCACAUCCGAUCUUUCUUAUCCUUUAGCCAUUCGGUUUAUAACUUGCCUGUGAAGGACGUCUCAUUUGUUUGUCAAGCCUUCAAACGUCUUAGGGUGCUAAAUUUAUUGUCCACCAAAUACAUCAGUUUUUCGAAAGAAAUAGAGAAGUUGGUUCACUUGAGGUAUUUAGCACUUCAUGUUGACCAUGAGCAUUUUCAACUAUCAAUGUCGAACCUCUGGAACCUGGAAACCAUUAUGAUAGAUGGACCAAAAGGUUCAUUGGUUCUGUAUGAUAUUAAGAGAAUGGUGAAGUUGAGACAUGUGUAUACCAGGCGACUUAUCGAAAUUCUUGAUGUACCCCCGGAUGGAUCUUCAUUUGUAUUGGAUAACCUACAGACCACAGCCAAAUUAGAUCUUUCGGAAGGCAACACUCGCUUGGGAUUGUUUCCCAAUCGUAAAAAAUUAAAAUGCCAUGAUCGUGGUUUUCCUACAUUGCACUUUCUAAUUCACCUUGAAACCCUAACGUUAUUUAAUGAUGUCUUGAGAUGGAAUCUGGAUCUGCAUAUGUCUGUGUUUCCCCCAAAUCUCAAAAGCCUCACUUUAUCAAACUUUGGUCUACCUUGGGAAAAAAUGUCGGUCCUUGGAAGGUUACCCAACCUUGAGGUUCUCAAAUUAUCAGACAAGGCAUUCGAAGGACCAACAUGGGACACAAAUGAUGGGGAGUUUCGCAAACUAAGAUUCCUGAAAUUUCAAGGCCUAUUUAUUAAGCGAUGGAACACUUGUAAUGAUCACUUUGUCAACCUUCAAACGUUGGUGUUGAAUGACUGUCAGUGGCUUGAGGAGAUCCCAUCUAGCUUAGGGGAUAUCCCUACUCUAGAGAUGAUUCAAGUGAGAUGGUGUAACCAUUCUGCUGAAGAUUCUGCCCGGCAAAUUCAAGAAGAACAAAAGAUGAUGGGAAAUGAUGGGCUUAAGAUCCUUAUCUACCCUUUAAAUCGGGAUUUGGUGGCCUUCGUGGAUGAGGAUGACUAG